AUGGCCCCUGCGCCCGCGCCACUCCACCACCUCCCCUCUUUGCAGCCGCCUGCCGCAUUCUCGCCGCACGCCGCUCCGCGCCAGCUCCCCCUCCCGCCCCCGGUCCCGAUCCUCCACCGGUCGGCCCCCCGUCCCGCCGUCGCAGCCGCCGCCGCCGCUCCAGCCGCCGCCGCCGCCGCCGCCGCCGCCGCCGCUCCAGCCGCCGCUGCCGCAGCUGCCGCCACUUCCUCCCCCACCAUCGCCGCAAUUCACUCCACGGCGGCGCCCCCGAGCGCCAGCUCCAGCGCCGAGGCCUUCCGCUUGGCCGACAGGCACGCGCCUCUUUCUUCUUCGUCUGCCGCCGCCGCCGCCGCCGCCGCCGCCGCCGCCGCCGCCGCUGCUGCUGCCGCUGCCGCCGCCGCCACCGGUCCCGGCUCCGACUCGCCGGUCCUCUCUCCGGCCAACGCCCCGCUGUCGCCACAAGCCGCAGCCAUCGGAAGCCGAAAGCGCCCGCGCUCCGACUCGAUCGGCGGUGCCCAUGAGGCUUCUGGCACGGAGCCCCAUCUCCUCCCGGUGACCGGGUCCUCGGUCAUGGACUACACGGCCAACAUGGCCGCAGCCGAGGGUGGCGCCGAAGCCCAUGCGCCACCCGAUGGUACCUUCCCCCCCGGUGGCAAGGCCGGCGUGCUGGCCAAUGCCCGGGCACGUGGGCUCAAGAUCCGCCCCCCUCGAGGCGGCGUCAGCGGCGGCGCCUUCGCCCCGGACGAUGGGAGCGAGCUCGAUGACAGCGGUCUCGAUGGCAGCAGCGGCCUGGAUCGGGACUCGGCCACUCCCUUCGAUGGCGGAGCCGAUGGCCCGAGCAGCCAGCCCACCCCCGGCCCCGGUGAUGGCGGCGAUGACGAUGACCCUGGCACCGAGGCCACCGAUGCCUCGGACGCCUCGGACGACGAGGCCGGCACCCCGGCCGGGGAUGACGCCGCCACCGACGACCUGGGCGGAGUCUUCACCCGGGCCAUUCAGCGCAAGGUCCGCAAGGACAUGAUCGCCUCGUCGGCCGGUCGCCUUCGGUCUCUCAGCGCUUGGAACAUCUACCAGCGCGCCUACACCGAGGCCUACUCCAAGGAGAAGUACUCCAAUGUCGAGUGCGCCAACCGCUUCAAGAUGCUGGACCAGACGCAGUUGGACCUCCUGCGGAAGUUCGCCUCCGAUGUGUCCAAUGCGGCGCUCUAUCACUCGCCGCCCAUUUCGGCGUCCAAUGCCAAGGCUGGGGCCCGCGGGGCCGGGGCCGGCGGGCUCACCGCCUCGGACCAGCGUCGGCUGGUCCAAGCCCAGCGCCGGGGCCUGCGUGAUCUGGACCGCCGCAUCAAGCACCUCCACGCGCAGACCGGCCUGGAGAUCGCCAUCAUCACGGCCGCCUCGCGCGCCUCGGCCAACGCCUACAACGGUGUUCUGGCCACCAGCGAGAAUGCCGCCAAAUUCCUCCUCCCCCAGAAGCUGGCCUUCCGCCAUGCGGUGUUCGGGGAGACCCCGCCGGCUGGUGUCGACCUGGAGUCUGCUUCCAAGGCCGAGCUUCGGAACAAUGCCAAGCAUCACCUGCGCGCCGCCUGGGAGGCGGCCACCUCCGAGGCCAAGCUCCCAUCGGCCUUUGACAUCAGCGAGCAUGGGUACCUGGCCUACCAGCAUGGCGGCGUGUCCUUGGUCCUGGUGGGCAUGCCGCCACUGGACCGCGGCGACUCGACGCGCGAGCAGAGCGCCGCCGCCGCCGCCGCCGCCGCCGCCGCCGCCGGGGCCGACAGUGCAUCGGACGCGGCCAACAGCGGGGGAACCCCCCGGCCUGCGGGUCGGCGCAUGCGCCGGCAAUUCAGCCUCUCCACCGCUUCGGUGGCCUCUCUCCGGUCGAUCAUCCUCAAUGGCGAGCAGCUGCGGUUCAUUCCCAUGUCCGAGCUGUCGAGCUACCGCCAAGCCCUGGAAAGUGGCGAGGCCCACACUCCGGGACAUGUGCAGCCAUACAUGCAGCAGCCGCAGCCGCCGCAGCCGCUGCCGUCGCAGCCCUCGCAGCCGCCGCAGCAGGCUCUUGUGCCGGCUGCGGCGUAUCACCACGCCACGGUGGCGUACCACCAGUCGCCGGGUAUGCCGGGGGCGGUGUACCCCCACUCCGAGAGCGAUGUCCCCGGGCUCAUGCCCAGCACGCCGUCCUUCCACUCGUCGUCCUUCGGGUCCGGCGGGUAUGAGCAGCAGCAGCAGCAGCAGCAGCAGCAGCAGCAGCAGCAGCAGCGCACGCCGUCCAUGGGCCCGCGGCACGAGUCUUUCGGCAUGUCGGUCGGCGGCCCCGGCGGCGCGCCGGCGGCCCCCAUGCAGCCGAUGUUUGCCGGCGGGGCCUCGCAUUAUGUCUCGCACCUGGACAUGCAGCAUCAGCACCAGCAGCACCAGCACCAGCACCAUCACCACGCGGUGGGCAUCCACCCGGCACAGUAUGCCGCGGCGACGGUGGCCGCGGCGACUGCGGCCUCCUCCGGCCACGGGCACAUGGGUGUCCCCGUGCCGGCGGCCGGGCAUGCGGCCGGCGGCUUCGCUUCCGGGGCAGCCCCGGCGGCUCCCCCCUCCUCCGAGGUAGGCACCCCCGGGGGGUCGGGCUUUGCGCCGAUGGCCUCGCCGGCCUCCUCGAUGGCUGCCAUGUCGCCGCAUCUGAGCAGCGCCCAGCCCUCCCCCUCGGCUGGGGCCGACCGCCACAUGUCCUUGUUGGUGGAUGACCGGCGUCCGGUCACCAGCAUCCCGGUCAGCCGGCAGGCAGCACCCUUCAUGGCAGGUGGCGGUUCUGCGGCUGCGGCGGCUGCGGCGGCGGCUGCGGCUGCGGCGGCGGCCCCCCCUCCCACGCACCAGUUCUAUCGGGCCAACUCCGCGGCGCAUAUGUUGCACCAUGGGGCACCUCCCUCGGCCGGUGCGGCCUCCUCCUCGCCGUAUGGCGGUCCUGGCGGGGGCGCCGCCCGGGAUGGUGGCUCUCCGGCGUCCAUGUCGCCAGCUCAGCAACACCACCAUGGGCAUCAUGGGCACCAUGGGCAUCAUCCGGCGGCGGGUAUGCACCCGGCCUCGGCGGCCGGGCAUCACCUGGUGACGACCGGCGGCUACUCGCCGGUGGUUUCCGGCAAUGGCGGCACUGCUGCUGCUGCUGCUGCCAGCACCGGCGGUGGCGGCGUCAUGCUCUUGGACGGGGCCGUUGGCGGCGGCGGUGGCUACCACCCGGCACAGGUGCCGCCGUCGCUGUCGCAGCAGCAGCAGCAGCAGCAAGCACAGUAUCACUCAGCGUCCCAGGCUUACCACGCCAGUGGCGGCGGUGGCCAGCAGCACUACCACGUGAGUGUCGCGGUGCCGGUCGCCCAGCACGGGCACCCGCACCAGGUAUCGCCGCCGGCCGGGGCCGGCACCCCCGGGCGGCCGGUCACCGGCGGCCGGGCUUCCUACCACCCAGCAAGCGGGGGCCACAUGUCCUCCUCGCCGGGGAGCAGCUCCCCGCAGUUGCACCUGGGGGCCGCCAUGGCGGCGGCAGUCCACCGGCGCGAUGGGUCGGCCAGCGGGGCGCACACCCCCCAGCAGCAUGCAUAUGGCUCGGGGGUGGUGGCGGCCAGCAGUGGCCACAUGUCCGGCCAUGCGACCCCCUCCGGGCAGCAUUCCUCCUCGCCGAUGCCCGCGGCUCCGGGGCCGGGGGCGCUUCACCCGCAGCACCCCGUUUCCUCCCUGCAGGCGCACCACCGGUCGCCCUCCUUCAGUGAUUUCAGUCAGAUCCCGCAGCAGCAGCAGCAGCAGCAGCAGCCGCCGGUGGGCGCCCCGGCCGGGGGACAUCACCUCCACUCGGCGAUGGUGGGAGCCCCGGCCGGCGGGCCUUACCGCGGCACCGGGCACUAUUCGCCACACCAGCCGUCGUCCGGGGACUUUGCCCCGGUGGCCGGGGGGGCGGCGGCAGGUGCUGGCGCUCCUCCGGGAGCCUUCUCGGCGUCCGAUCCGACCACCGGCGGCGGCGGUGAUGGCCAGUCUCCUCAUGCCUUCCUCCAGCAUCAUCCGCAGCAGCCGGCCGCGGCCGGGUCUCCGCAGUACCACCCGCACAUGCAGCAGCAGCCCGGUGUCGGGGGAGGCCCGGGCGGUGGUCCGCACGAUGGCAGCAUGUUGUCGCCGUUGCUGGCCCCCUCGUCCAUGCCCGACGGGCCGCCCCCCUCUUCGGGCCCGACCGACCAGCUCUUCGGCAAGUGA